AUGCCUGGGCAGCAGCCGAGGGCCACAAUGACAGAUCACCCCAAGGAGCAGUGCAACGAGCUGGAGGCUCCGGAGUCCAUCUAUCCCUUCAUAGUAUUAUCAGAAAAUCCACAUGGCUUCACCGUUACUGUGACAUCUGAGGCUGGAGAAAAUGAUAAAACUGUCCAGACUACUCUUAAGUUUACAUACAGUGAAAAACACCCAGAUGAAGCCCCCUUUUAUGAACUAUUCCCCCAGGAAAAUCUAGAGGAUAAUGAUGUCUCAGGCAUUUUAAAAUUAUUAGCCUUACAGGCGGAAGAAAACCUUGGUAUGGUGAUGACCUUUAGUUUGGUGACAGCUGUGCAAGAAAAAUUAAAUGAAAUAGUAGAUCAAAUAAAAACUAGAAGAGAAGAAAAGAAAAAAGAAGCCAAAAAGCAAUUAUUUCAUGGCACUCCUGUUACAACUGAGAAUUUCUUAAGUUGGAAGGCCAAGUUUGAUGCAGAACUCUUAGAAAUUAAAAAGAAACAAAUGAAAGAAGAAGCAGGAAAAAAGUUAAGUGGGAAACAGCUAUUUGAAACAGAUCAUAAUCUUGCCACAUCUGAUAUCCAGUUCUUGGAGGACGCUGGAAACAGUGUGGAAGUAGAUGAGUCUUUGUGCCAAGAAAUGGCUGAUUUGGAGCUAGAGGAUGAUGGGUACGAUCCCGACCACAAUCCUGCUGAUCCAGAGUGA